GAUUUCGUUGUUGAAGUUGAAGGCAAAGAAUUCAAAUGUCAUCGUCUGAUACUCAGCGCGUGUUCUGGAUUUUUCCGUGGUCUUCUCAGGUCUGGGAUGAAAGAGUCGCAGAAACGGAAAACAAAACUUGAGGGGGUCUCCAUGGAAACAUUUGCGUCCAUUUUAGAAAUUCUCUACACCGGAUGUGACAAUGUGACACGUGACAACAUGCUUAAUGUCUGGCAGGCUGCCGAUCAACUUCUAAUAAAAUUUGUCUCUGAUAAUUGUGUAGAUUUUAUAAAAAACAAUAUUUGCAAUGAGACUGUCAUCUCAGUUUGGAAAGUAGCAUCUCAACUGAUGAACAACAAUAUCAUAGAACUUUGUGUAACGUUUCUUAGAAACAAUACAACUCUGGCAAACUGGGAAAUUAUAUAUUCGACUGCAAAUUUUUUGGGUUCAGAUUUGAUUUUGUCACAUGUUCGAGAUUUCGUCAAGAAAAAUUAUGAACACGUCAUCAAAUCUAACGCAUUUCUGUGCCUUCUUUACAAUGAUUUACUUGAAAUUAUACAAAGUCAAGACUUGGUUGUCUCUUGUGAGGAUGUUGUCAUUGAGUCUAUUUUUAAAUGGAUUAAAUGU